GCUUCCGGUCCCGACACCAAGCGCCGCCCCCUUCCCCGGGGAAGCUGCCUGGCCGCGCUUGCCUGUCCAGAGACCGACCCAGCUGAGGUUUCCCCUUGCAUCGCGCACCGCUCUGCGCUUCAGCGCCAUGAGGCCCAGAUGAGCCUCUCCGCUUGAGCUGCACCUUUCCAUCGUCUGCUCCAGAUUACUCUCCAGAGCAGACUACUCUCCAGAUAACUCUCCAAGAGGGAGGACUUGGAAUCCCUCUAGAGGGAAACUCUUUGCUGCAAGGGCAGGAGAAUGAGUGGGCAGCGUGUGGAUGCCAAAGUUGUGAUGCUGGGCAAAGAAUACGUAGGCAAGACCAGCUUGGUGGAAAGAUAUGUUCAUAACCGCUUCCUUGUGGGGCCCUACCAGAAUACAAUAGGUGCUGCAUUUGUGGCUAAAGUCAUCCCAGUGGGAGGCCGGAAGGUGACGUUGGGAAUUUGGGAUACGGCUGGCUCGGAAAGGUAUGAGGCCAUGAGCCGGAUGUAUUAUCGUGGGGCAAAAGCUGCCAUUGUGUGUUACGAUCUUACUGAUAGCAGCAGUUUCCAGAGAGCAAAAUUCUGGGUGAACGAACUGCAGAACUUUGAGGAGAACUGCAGGAUCUAUUUGUGCGGCACUAAGAGUGAUUUAUUGGACGAUGACAGGAGAAAACGGGGAGUUGACUUCCAUGAUGCGCAGGACUAUGCUGACGAUAUCAAAGCUGAGCUGUUUGAAACCUCUAGCAAGACAGGACAAAACGUAGACGAGCUCUUCAAGAAGGUAGCUGAAGACUAUGUGCAGUUUACUGCAUUUCAAGAAAUGACAGAGGAGAAAGGGGUGGAUCUGAGCCAGAAGAACUCUCCCACCUACUUCUACAGCUGCUGCCAUCAUUGAGUUAUCCUUAGUUUGCCAAAAGCAGUGUUCCCCUGCUGGGUUUCCGUUGCAGUUCAUGCUCUUGAGACUGUUUCGCUACAUGGAACGUUUUGCCCAUUGGACAUCCAGAGCAUCACUGGCUGGCACCUCUUCUGGGAAGAGAGAGUGCAGCAGACCCAGAUUUUUUGUUGCAUCUACUGCAAGACUUGUUGUUGAGAGACUGGGACCAUGUGCCCUCCUCUCUUCCAGAGGCUAGCUAAAUCAUUGACGUGUGCUGGGAAUUGUUUUUUACAACAAGCUUCCUUGCAAAAGACAGCCUGUGCUGACCGUGGUGGAUUCUGCCUUUUGGAAGGUGUUGCCUGAUUGCUUAUUAUGUAAAUUUGGCUUCUAAUAAGUUAUAAAAAUGUAAAUAAAAAUG